AUGCUAGCCAGCCUCCGCUCCUCGCUCACCAGAACCCUGCCCGCCAUGUCCAAGCUCAACCUCGAGUCGGCCUUUGCCCUAAAGGGCUCCUCGCUCAAGAUGCCCGUCCUCGGCUUCGGCGUCUACAACAGCCCCGCCGACGUCACCAAGGCCUCGGUCCUCGCCGCCCUCCGCGCCGGCUACAGGCACAUUGACUGCGCCCAGUACUACGAGAAUGAGCAGCAGGUUGGAGAGGCUGUGCGCGAGUGGAUCGCCAAGGACGGCGGCAAGCGCGAGCAGGUCUUUUUCACCACAAAGAUCCUCUCGCCCGCCAGCUCCGAGGACGAGACGCUCAAGUCGCUGCGCCAGAGCGUCGACAAGGCCAACCUGGAUGGCUAUGUCGACUGCUUCCUCAUCCACACGCCCACCUCGGGCACCGAGGGGCGCAAGCACCUUUGGAACGCGCUCAAGAAGCUGCGAGACGAGGGCAAGGCCAAGGUGAUUGGCGUCAGCAACUACGGCGUCAAGCACCUCGAGGAGAUGGUCGCGGCCGGCGAGACGCCCGCCAUCAAUCAGAUCGAGAUCCACCCCUGGUGCCAGCAGAAGCCCAUUGUCGACUUCUGCCAGAAGCACGGCAUCGUGCUCCAGGCCUACUGCCCCAUCGUGCGCGGCGCCUACGCCGGCGACCCGCUGCUCAACGAGCUCGCGGACAAGUACAAGGUCAGCUGGGCCCAGGUGCUGCUGCGCUGGUCGCUGCAGAAGGGCUACUCGCCGCUGCCCAAGUCGGACACGCCGUCGCGCAUCGUCUCCAACGCCGACCUGUACAGCUUCGAGCUCGAGCAGGCCGACGUCGACCGGCUCGACCAGUGCGACAAGGGCGCCGCCGGCGCCGUCGGGCCCAACCCGGUCGAGUGCGCUUGA